GCGGUUUAACUGUACACAACACAUCACAGCUAAUCCGCUAUGCCCAAAUCAUUCCUAAUGAGCAGCAAGAGAAAGAAACUACUGGAGGUCUUGUACCGGGAGCAAGAAGGAACAGAAGGCGAUUCAGAGACGUCUUCCGUCGACUCCUGUGGUGACAGCGGCCUCGCCGACAGUAUGGCCUGUUCUGAGACUUCUCCCUCCCCUGAACAUCUUCGCGAAGACAAGGUGUCAUCACCUCUCAAUCUGUCUGAGAGGUCAGCAUUCGAGCCCAUCCUAAGAUCCAACACGCCCUUCACCCAGAAUAAACGAUCUCCCGAAGUCGCUUAUGGCCAGCCAUUCCCCCAUCCAAUGUUCAGACCAUUUCAGAAGGCAGAAACUCUGUCGACUCGACCUCUUCAGAUGUACCCGUCACCAGCAUUUGCCAUCUCACUUCCCCCCUUGCCCACUGUCUGUGUGAAGGGUCUGCCUAGUGAUCCGACUCGUCCAUGGACAACUGUUGACACGAGUAUACCGUUUACGACAUACCUCAUGAACCUUUCAAAGCUCCUUCAUAAAUCAUCCAGAAAUGCAAACAACUCUGAGUCUGAUGACUGCAAAUCCGAAACAGACUCUACACAAAGAAAUGAAAACAGUAAAAGUCAACAUGAGCAUGAUAUUCCGAAACUCAGGAGACCGGAUACGGAAGUAAUGGGUGCCCAUAUGCCCGCCGACGCGUCAAUGAUGAAGCGUCAUCUUGCUUCAGAGCAACACUCCCCUUAUGGUAGGCUGCACCCCAAGUCUCAUCGACAUUUCCCCCUGGCUGGGAUGGCUCAUGGAGUGGGUGGACUACACCCGGCGUUCUUACAGUUGGAGGGGAUGCACCAUCGGCGACCCCAUACGGACAAACCCCCACCGGUCAAGAAGUACAAAUGUGACACGUGCGGCAAGUCCUUCUCAAGGAGCAACACACUCGUGACUCACAAGCGCAUUCACACAGGCGACAAACCGUUCAAGUGUGAGCAGUGCGGGCGAGCGUUCCGCCAGCCGGGAAACCUGACACGUCAUCGUUUGACCCACACGACGUUCAAGCCGUACGUGUGCUCCACGUGCAACAAGGCCUUCAACAGAGCCUCCAACCUCCACACGCACAUGCGCACUCACACCAACUACAAGCCCUUCCUGUGCCCCUACUGUGGGAAAGGAUUCCAUCAGAAGAUCGACAUGAAAAUACACUGUUACACACAUACAGGCGAGCGACCUCACAAGUGUGACAUCUGCGGUAAAGGAUUCACUCUGGCCAGUACCUUGACUGCUCAUCGCCGCUCGCACGUGCUGGAGAACACACGUAGCCAUACACAUGCGCAAGAUCAGACAGUCAUGUGCCAGUUUUGCGGAGCAGGCUUUCUGCAUCAAUCGGACUUGACAACUCACAUUUUGACGUCACACCAGAAUCACAUCCAAGUUCCCGUGUGAGAACUAAACAGUCUAAUCACUACUGCGAGAUGCAUCAAGAUAAUUCUUUGUGAGGAAUUGUGACUCUACUAGAAAACGAAUAUUAAAGAAAAUCAUUUGUUUGAAUGUCUGUGCAUAUGGCGUAUUUAUUACCUGUGCUAUUUACCUGUAACUGUUUAAAUGUACGUGGUUUGUGUUAUAUGCGGAUAGUUAUCCUCUUGUAGAACCGUUAGUAACUUAUUUUUUCAUUUAUCCGUUAAUAAACAUAUUCGUCCCA